UUUACCACGGAAACAUAUGACGUCACUACAUGUUGUGUAAAAAUGGCCGCUAUUGUACAGCAGCCGAUACGGAGGCAUUUGUGGACAAAGUGAUGUUUCCUUGUAAUUUAAUGGUGUAAAGAUAUUCGCCUGGUGGCUACACGGAGACGUCUCGUUGAGUGGAGAAAAUGAAAGUCUCACCUAUUGGAUUCCUGUUUGGGGUUGGCUGUGGAGUGUUUAUUCUUUUUAUCUAUGACACGCUGCAUCAAGUCGCUGAACAAAAUGAUAGUACCACUAACCAUCUCAAGGCGACCUUCCCACAAAGACAGCAUCGAGUCACUGAACAGAAUGAUAGUACCACUAACCAUCUCAAGCACCGAAAAUCAAAUUGGAUGUUGCAUGCAGAAAGAAACAUGGAUGGACCACUCAAGGAUCUUCGCCAGCAAGGACAGGUUAUUCUACCGGAGAAAGGUGUAAUAGAGAAAAUGUCCGUCAGUGAAGCAUCCAAAACGUACCACAGUUACCUUGACAACAUUGAUAUGUUGUGCAAGCGGAAGCUGCGCAUGGGCAAACUCGGAGACGGAGGCUGGGAGAUAUGUGAUGACGCAGAAUACCGACCAGUAAAGCCUUGCAUUGUGUACUCCUUUGGAAUCAACAACGAUUUUUCUUUUGACGAUGAAACGGCCAAAAACUAUGAGUGUGACGUCUUUUCCUUUGAUCCGAGUAUGACACAGAAAAGUUACCAGAGGUCACCACGGGUGCGGUUUUUAAGUUUAGGUAUUGACGGAAAGGACUACAAGAAGGGUUCCUGGGAUCUUCAUACAUUGACCAGUUUCAAGAAAAUGUUGAACCACACAGGGAGAUUCAUUGAUGUUCUUAAGAUGGACGUUGAAAUGUCAGAAUGGCCAGCUCUGCCCAACAUGAUCUCAUCAGGCGAACUGUCUAAAGUCCGACAGCUUCUUGUGGAGUACCACGGAAUUACUGACCUUAAGAAAGACUGCCGUUAUAAACUGAACAUUUUGAAAGAUAUCCAUGAUAAAGGAUUUAGGAAGUUUGAUGUCCACAAAAAUCAUUUUUGUGGAUUUAACCAUGCGUUAUUUCCUGUCACAAGGUCAGGCUGCCAUGAGAUCCAUUAUGUGAAUAUCAACAUACAGUCAAUGCCAUAUUUGAUAAUUUUCAGACCAACAUUUCAAAGUCUGCCGCCACUGCAAAAUUUCCGGAUCGCCGUCAUAUCGCUGAGUGCAGCGUGAACAACCAACAAACAAACAAAUCAAAAUUUAAACUCUCUCGUUUUUUUGUUCCAUGUAUUGCUCUAAGCCGAUACCUUCAGAUCAGUAUAACAGGACAUCCUUAAUCUACAUGUAUGUCUGUCGCUGUAUACCUACAUUCACUAUGCGUUCAUACUACGUCAAACUUAUUAAAAUCAGACCUCAGUUCUCGCCACCGCUAAACAGACAUCUCAGGACAUCCCAUUACGGGUCACGUCAGAACGACCUUCAUCCGAACAAUCAGUGCUUCGCUUACCAGAUUAUGAAAGUGACAGUCGGAAUGUGAUUUCUGAUCAUGCAGCCUCGAAAACUUCAACUCCGACCGAUAGCUCCGGGGUUAACGACUGUAUCCAUACAAUCUAGACCAUCUAUUAGCCAUUCCAGAAUGUUCUUUCGUUCAGGUUUCAACUUUGAAAUCGAGAAUUUGUCAAAAUAUGUUUCGAAGCGUAGUCGUCAAUUUGAAAUUAGUGCCGUAAAGCACGAGAAAGCUGCCUUCUGAUUGGUCAUUCAAUUGGUCGGUCAAAGUUCGCGCAAGCUAGGCCUGACGUGACCCGUAAUGGGAUGUCCUCAGAUCUUUGUUUAGCGGUAGUGAGAACCAGGAUCUGAUUUGAAUGAGAUCAGUACAACGUCAAUAAGCAAACAACGUAAGCCUAUAAUAAAGCAUGGGACUUACGAUCAUGUUAGCACUAAGAUCGUUUUGUGCAAGCGGACCCAGGUGUUCGCGAAAAGGUGAGCGUAUUCAAUCCCACCUGCCCUCAAGCAAGGUUAUCAGUCUGUAGGUCAUAUAAUCACAGAUGUCAACAUAUGUGUUUAUUCAUAAUACCGAGAGGCCAUAGGCCUAUAGUACGUGUUAGUGAGUGAGUGAGUGAGUUUGGUUUAACGCCGCUUUUAACAGUAUU